AUGGCUACCCCUGAAGAGCAGAAGAUUUUAAGCACAUACCCUCAAGUUUGUGAGCCAGGGUCGGUAUCGGGCUGUCCCGGUAAUGUCGACGAGGCACAGAAGAAAGCCAUGCUUCAACUAAGAGAGGAAUUGACCAAGGCAGGUUUCGUACAACGUCUUGAUGAUUCCACUCUUCUGCGUUUCCUGAGGGCUAGAAAGUUUGAUGUGGCAUUGGCCAAGGAGAUGUACGAGGCGUGUGAGAAGUGGAGAAAGGAAUACGGUACUGAUACCAUCUUGGAAGAUUUUCAUUACGAGGAAAAACCGUUGGUUGCUAAAUACUACCCUCAAUACUAUCACAAGACUGACAAGGACGGACGUCCCGUGUAUUUCGAAGAGUUGGGUGCGGUUAAUUUGACUGAGAUGUACAAGAUCACUACUCAAGAGCGUAUGUUGAAGAAUUUGGUCUGGGAAUACGAGUCUUUCGUGAAAUACAGAUUACCAGCUUGUUCCAGAUACUGCGGUCACUUAGUUGAAACUUCCUGUACCAUCAUGGAUUUGAAAGGUAUCUCCGUUUCCAGCGCUUACCAAGUGCUGUCUUAUGUUAGGGAAGCCUCGUAUGUGGGCCAAAACUACUACCCAGAACGUAUGGGUAAAUUUUAUUUGAUCAAUGCUCCAUUUGGAUUCUCUACUGCGUUCAAGUUGUUCAAACCAUUUUUGGACCCUGUUACAGUAUCCAAGAUUUUUAUCUUGGGAUCUUCUUACAAGAAGGAUCUUCUAAAGCAAAUUCCCGCUGAGAACUUGCCAGUCAAGUUCGGUGGUAAGUCUGAAGUUAGCGAAGCAGACGGUGGAUUAUACCUUUCCGACAUUGGUCCUUGGAGAGACCCUAAAUAUAUAGGCCCAGAAGGUGAAGCUCCACAGGUUUUCUCCACCAAGAAAUAG